ACUCACUUUCCUCACCCAACCUCCCACUUCUAGAAAACCAAAUCACCCAUAAUUCCAUAACCAAUAGGUCAUUUUACCAAUUUAUAAUUUUAUAUAGUCCCUUUGCACCAAACGUAACAAAUCCUUCACCUUUCCCCUAUUUUCCUCUCUCUCUUCACUCUCCACCAAUCCAAAACAAUCUCACUCUAUCACAAACUAGAAUUCAGCAAUAUUUGAAGUGAAAUACUCACUCCCAUUGAAGCAACCACCACCAUGUUCAUUAAAGGAGACAAAAUCAAGGUACCAAUAAUGGUUCUGAAUUUGAUCCUUAUGCUUCUUUACAUCACUGCCGUUGAAUCAAGGAAACUUGAUGAGACCCCUAUGCCUGCCGUAAACGGCACUGAUGAAAAGUGCGCACCAUGUGGCUACACCUCUCCUCCACCGCCAUCACCGGCGAUUCCUCCACCGUCGCCACCACCGCCAUCACCGAAGAAACCACCAUCACCAUCAACAGUGUACUGUCCCCCACCACCGGCGCCAUCAUCAUCAUCAUACAUAUACAUAACAGGGCCACCAGGGGAAUUGUAUCCCAUUGACACGAAUUUCAGCGGAGCAAACCACAAGAGCCACCACCGGAGCUUCUUUCUGCCACUUCUUAUUGGGUUGUUCAUCACCGUGGUUGCUUUUUGGUGAUUGAAAUCUGAAGAAGGUGAUCGUUGAUCAAGAUCAAUCGUUCAGUUCAUCCCAAAAACAGGGGAAGAAUUUUAUGCGGUUAGAAUCAAGAAUAUAUAUAACCAGAUAUUUUACAUAAUGGACAGGAGAAUUUUGUACUCAGUAAUUAGUGCUUGACAUCAUGUUCUGUUCUUCUUAAUUUUCUAUAUGUGAUAAUAAUUUGUUCCUUCAUAACAAUCUUUCUUCUGUAACAUUCUGCUAAAUGUGCCAGGAAUGAUUUAUUUCUGUGCUAUAUAUAUUAGUAAUUAUCCAGGUAAUUUCUCCAAAUAUGCAAAAAAUCGGGGUGUUUUUAUGGCUUAUUAUUCUAAAUUUGUGAA